AUGUUUCGCCGAUUUCUUGCAGAAUCAUUAACUCAGCGUCCUCAAAACAAUGAUGACCCUAAUGAGCCGUGUUGUCUAAUCCGCUGGACAGACAGCAAAAAAUUUGUUAUCGUAUCUCAACGAAAAAUUCGAGCUCCAUCGAAGACAAUUAUACUCUAUGAAACAUACACCAUCAAUGAUGAUGGUGGUGGAGAAGAGCGUACGGGAAGAAUCAUUUUUAAAGGGACUAGGAAAGAGUGUGAAACGCUUCAUUACAACGUGGAUACGACACCUACCAAAAGUAAACCAGUAACGAAUUCUGAGAAAACGAAGAAGUCUAAUGAUCAACAAGUCAAUACUGCCUCAUCAUCUGCUUCAGAUAUUCUUUCGGAUGUGAAAGAUGAUUCAGACGAUGACAAAAAUGCAAGUGAACGUGAAGCAAUUGGUAAUGCUGUCCUUAUGAGGAUGCUACAGCUAGUGCUUCAAGGUUCUGCUGAUGGUGAGGAAAAUGAACCAAAGCAUAAGGUGCCAUGUUCCGCAUGUGAUACUAAUCCAAUAAGCAGUGAUCGCUAUAAGUGUUUAAAUUGUAAAGACUUGAACUUAUGUGGGUCCUGCUUUGAACGUCGAAUAGAAUCCAAAGAACACAAGAGUGGUCAUGCAUUCGCUCAUUUUAAAUCUCCCGGUGAACUUUUUGGUGAAAAGGUUAGCGACGAAGAUGUAACAUUUAAUAAGCUUAAAAAAAUGCAUGCUGGUGAAGUGCAUGAAUCGAUUACCUGUGACGGCUGUAAAGCUGAAUCCAUCAAAGGAUUGCGAUUUAAAUGUGAUACCUGUCCGAAUUAUGAUUUAUGUCCACAAUGCGUAGAAAAUCAUGUUAUUACAAAAACACACAAAUCUUCGCAUCCACUUAUUCUUAUACCGCGUCGAGCUAUUCAACAAAUUCCAGCUGAAGAUAUUCAACUUGGAGACGAACUUGGCAGCGGUGCAUUCGGUUCUGUUUUCAAAGCUAAAUGGAUAUCGAAAAAUCGUCCUGUUGCAUGCAAAGUUAUUACUGUGCCGAGAGCGAGUGGCGCCGAAGUACUCGAGAAAAGUUUCUUAAAAGAAUUGGCCGCUUAUGCAGAACUGUCUGGUGCUUACAUUCUUAAGACAUAUGGAUUCGCAGCAUACAAACAGGGUCAAAAUAAACAAUAUAUACUUGUUAUGGAAUACAUGGCUCAGGGAAGUCUUUCCAAUGUCAUAAAAGAAAAGGGAAAGAAAAUAUCUCUAAGACGUAAAUUAGAUAUGGCCAGAAAUAUUGCUAGUGGAAUGCGCAAGAUUCAUGAACACUCGAUGAUUCAUCGAGAUAUUAGACCAGAUAAUAUUCUUGUCAAUGAAAAUUAUACUGCCAAAAUAGGUGACAUGGGAAUAGCCAGAGUCGUCGAUCCUCUGAAUCAACAUACACAAAUCGGUUGUGGAUCGUAUAUGCCACCCGAAUUCUAUGAAGGUAGUUACGAUCAGAAACUCGAUAUUUUUACAUUUGGCUUGACAUUAAAUGAACUUUUCACUUCAACCCGACAUACAUUUCAACAAUGUCGUAGCGAUAAAAUUAUAUUUCAAGAAAAAAGUCCUAUAUUCGACGAUUUGAUUGCUCGAUGUACAGCCUACAAUCCGAAAAGACGCCCAGCGGCCAUAGAAAUUGAAAAAACUCUGGAUAUAUAUAGUGCAGGUUUUAAUGAAAUUGUAAUGAAGAAACAUCCUGGUUACAUGAAAUUGUCUACAGAAGACAAAGACAAAAUCUUUGUUGCAUUCUAUGAAAAAUUUCAUGAUCCUGCAACGGAAUUUAUUCACAAGCAGUUUCCGCCAGAGUUUCUCGAUGGACCAAAUAAUCUUACAUGCGUAAAAGUCGACAAAAAUGCCAGUAAUGAAAUACGUAUUCAAUGCCCGAUGCAAUAA